GUCAUAUCAAGGGGUCAUAUAAUGAAAAUACCCAAUCUGGUUUCGGCGUAAAAGUCGAUCCACUCUACUGAUUCACAUAUUUUCAAGAAUUAUUCCACCCUAAUUACAUCAAUGAGAGAACACACCCCAGGAUGGAUGUGGAAAUAAGGGAAAUUGUUGAAAAAGCACUGGAAAAGGCUCAGGAACAGGAUGCAUGUGGAAAUGUUGGGAGAGCCUAUGCUUAUUACACAGUAGUUGCAGAAUUAUGUCCAGCGAAGAGAUCAGAAGUGGAAAAAUUGUUUACUGACGUUUUGUGCGAGUGGGGAAUGCAGUUAGAGUUGGGGAAUAGAAUUGAGGAUGCUGUGACCUGUUACAAACAUUCGCUAAAUAUUUAUCCAAAUAAUACACGUAUGCUGAAUAAUUUUGCUGCUCAUCUUCUUAGAAAUAAUAAUCCAAUAGAAGCCAUUCAGUAUUUAAAACUUGCGCUUCAAGUGGAUUCAAAUUUUCUACCCGCCGAAAGAAACCUUCAGAAUGCUUUCAGUAUGGCUGUAGACAGAUGGCAUUUUCCAAUGUUGAAUGACACGGCUAGAAAUAGAGGAUUCAGAAGAGCAAUUCAAAAGCGCAUAGCUCAAGGUUAUGACGUUGUCUUGGACAUAGGAACUGGCACUGGCCUGUUGAGCUUGUAUGCGCACGAGGCAGGUGCAAAAGAAAUAUAUGCCUGCGAAUGUUCACCUGUUAUGGGAAACGUUGCAAGAAAUGUAUUCAGUAGAAACAAUGCCGGUGAUAUAAAAUUGUUCCCCAAGUCUUCAGAGAAUUUGUGCAUCCCACAGGACAUACCUAAUAGGGUAAAUUUGAUAAUCACAGAAACUUUUGAUGCUGGUUUAUUUGGGGAGUGUGUGAUACCGACACUAAUAGAUGCACAUGAAAAUCUCCUUGUUGGAAACAAUUCAGGGAUGGUCAUUCCCUUAGGAGCUACGCUUUAUGUAGCUGCAGUCGAGUCUGAACAUAUUCGGUCUAGAUCAACAAUAUUAUUCAACAAGUCCGAUCACCCAAGUUUUUUAAAUUUUGAUAACGUAUCUGUCCUGGUUGACGACGAAUUCUAUGAUACUGAGAAUUUAGAAAAUGUCAACGUUAAUUAUGUUACUGAACCGAAAGAAAUAGUAAAGGUCAAUUUCAACGAUUUAUCGGUACUAAGAACAUUCAGUGGAGAUGGUGAAAAAGGAAUGGUCAAUGUAAAAUGUAGAUACGAUGGGAUCAUUGAUGGUUUGGUAGCAUGGUUCAAAUUGAAUAUAGACGAAGACAUAACACUUAAUUCAUCACAAGGGAAAUCUUGCUGGCAGCAAGCUAUUUUUCCAGCUAUUCCUAGGAUUUGCAAGCAACGUGAUCACGUGGAAAUUUCGGCUGAAAUUUUGAACGGAAAACUCAACUGUUCGUACAAAUUAGUUACAGAUACGACACCAAAAAUGGAACCGAUUUUCCGUCUUCCAAAAGAAGUGAUUACUUUCUUGAAUGAUUUCGAUUAUGUGAUAUCAUUAGUGAGAAUUGCAAAACAUCAAAAAAAUGAACCCAUUAAAUACGUCCUAGAUACUUCACCAUUUCCUGUUUACGGACUGACUUUAUUGAAGGAAAAUAGGAACUGUGAAAAGCUCUACUGUGAAGCAAAUUCACUAGCAUUGCAAACUGUUUUACACAAAGUAGCAACCGACAGUGGGAUCACUUCACUAAUUGAACCGAUAUCGAAUUACAGUGAAAUUAACAACAAAAUUGAUGCCAUUCUAAUUCAUAACUUUGAUGCCAAAGGAGAAUUGAAGGAUCGGGACCAGCAAAACUACCACGAUUUCCUUGAUUACUUUUUAAAUAACGCUGGUUUCAUACUACAACAGAAAAUCUUUUUAAUGGGUCAACUAGUGUAUUCUACUGAUUUACCCAAAAUGGUCAGAGUUAACGAUAAAAAUGUUCAGGGACAUUUGAGGAACAGUAAAUAUGACAUGAGUGCAGACAGUAAAAAUGAACCUGGUUCGACAAUUCAUAGUACUAGUAAUGAUGGGAGAUAUUUUUUUGUCGCAGAAUGUAUUAACGAAUUUGAGAUAAAUCAGGUUUUUGAUCUCAACUCAAGUAUGUAUGAAUGCAGACCGUCAACGAACGCAGUAACUUUGACUCAGCUAGGCGAUUCCAAGACCAACGAAUCGUUAGUUAAUUUUGGCAAGAUAUCAGUACCAGAACGAGCUAUUCCAAAUGCUUUGAUCUGUUGGUAUGAAAUUCAACUCGCACCAGAACAUAUACACAGCACCAGAAGAUGUGAUUCAUUUAUGAAUCACACAGCGGUUGUUUUAGAAGAUCAUCUGCGAGAUCUUGUUUUGCAGGAUAAAGAAAUCACAUUCAAGGUAUAUCAAAUGAAUGGACUAGUCAGAGUCACCUUAGUGACAUCUUAACGAGUAAAGAAAUUGAUUUAUUCAAUAGAAGAGUUUGCUAUCAC